AUGGACAAUGAAAACACCAACAAGCCUGUCGUAGACGAGGCACCAAUCCACCCCGUGACCGGAGGGGAUCCAGCCAGGCGCAACUCGCUGUUGCUUCAUUUGCUGAACCGGCCUAAUCGUGACGAGCUUCCAGAGAACAUUUUGUUGGCAUCCAAUGCCGCCCCUAGCCUGCAAGCACACCAGAAGGAGCUUGAGAAAAGCAUGCGUGCCGACUCGCUGAACGAAAAAAUGGCCAAGCGGCCGUCGCCUGAGGAUCUGAUCAAAAAGGGCGUGCUCGAUGAAGACCCUCGCUCGCCAGAGGAGAGAUAUGAAGAUGCCAUUGAGGAGGAAUACGCCAAGAGGGAAGGUGGGGCUUAG